UUCUACAGUUGACACAGCCCAAUCCCUCUAGGCAGAUGGCCAUCCAGGUUAAGUGUCCCCAGAAGAGGCAAAGGACUUAAAAGGCAGGUGGCAACUUACUUUUCAGUCCAAGAGGAAAUAUUUCCCAGCAGAAUUAUAUUAUUAAUAAUAAUUGGCUGUUCAAACCGCAUUCCUUCUCCAGUAGUUCCAACCACGGCUUGUGUUUUGCUCAUUGGGACUACAUUUCCCGGCAUGCCUCGCUCCCAAGCACAUUUUUUUUCCCCCAUCGAUCGAUUUCUCCGGCAUCUGCUGCUUCUGCCUGGCUCUGGAGCUGGGGCUUGUGGUGGGGCUGAGUCUUCCUUUGGGUCCGUCCCUUUGUCCUUUCCCCCUCCCAUUGGCAGCCAUGGAGGCGCAGGUGUGUCUCUUGCAGGUGACGUUUGAGGACGUGGCCGUCUACUUCUUGCCGGCGGAGUGGGCGGAGCUGGCCGCGUGGCAGAAGGAGCUCUACGGGGCCGUGAUGGUGGAGAACUACCAAGCCCUGGCCUCCCUGGGUCGUCUCUCGGCCAAGCCGGACCUCAUCGUCAAGAUCGAACGGGAGGAAGACCCUUCUUGCCUGGAAGAGACCCUCCAGACCCACACGUGGAGGAGAGGGACCCCCAGCCCCUCAUUGGCAGGAGAUGGGAUCAGGAUGGAAGACGAGGUGGAUGGGGAAGGGGCCUUGGCCAUGGGGCAGCAACGUGAAGUGCGACGUAAACAAAGGAAGAAUCCCCUUCAUUCCAAGACCGGAAAGCGCAUCCCUGGUGCCACGGAGCUGCCGGCAAAAGACGCUGUGCCUGCGUUGCGCCUGAAGUCCAGCCCGCCACGGUGCCCCGAGUGCGGGAAGAGCUUCCUGAGCAACGUGGCCCUGACCAUCCACAUCCGGACACACACGGGCGAGCGGCCCUUCGCCUGCCCGCUCUGCCCCAAGGGCUUCCCGUCCUCGGGGGACCUCAAGCGGCACCUCAAGACCCACCAGCGGCGGAAGGAGCCUCCGACGGCAGCAUCACCCCCUCCCUCCGCCAAGAGAUGCCUGACGGCGAAGCUGCAGCUGCUGCGCCACUUGGGGGUCUCUCCAGGCCCCAAGAAGCCCCACCUGUGCGAGCGGUGCGGGAAGGGCUUCAGCAAGAAGCAGGACCUGCGCAAGCAUUGUGGCACCCACUCAGCCGAGCGGCCCUUCGCCUGCCCCAAGUGCGGGCGGCGCUUCCGGCUCAAGCAGAUCCUGGCGGCGCACCUGAAGGUCCACCUGGGCGAGCGGCCCUUCGCCUGCGGGCGAUGCGGGAAGCGCUUUGGGCAGAAGCACCAUGUGGAGAGCCACCAGCGCGUCCACACCGGCGAGAAGCCCUUCGCCUGCGCCACCUGCGGCAAGCGCUACGCCCAGAAGCAGCCCCUCAUCAGCCACCUGCGCGGACACACGGGCGAGCGGCCCUUCGCCUGCGCCGCCUGCGGGAAGGCCUUCCGCAACCAGGCCACCCUCACCAUCCACCGGCGCGUCCACACCGGCGAGCGGCCCUACCGCUGCCUCCUCUGCGGAAAGGCCUGCAGCCAGCUCCAGCACCUCAAGAGCCACCAGCGCGUCCACCGCGCCGAGCAGCACCUCCUGGCCGCCGGGGACACACGUGCGCUGGCCCUGAGGAGGGACCAGCAGCUGCGCGAGAAGCCCUUCCCCUGCCCCAGGUGCGAGAAGCGCUUCCGGGACCAGAGCAUCAUGCGGGCGCACCUGGAGACCCACCGUGAGAAGGGCCGCUCCAUCCCGAGUGCCCCAAACACAUCGCUUUCCAUCCAUGGAACAGAGUUGCAGAAGCCGGUCAAACGCAGGUCCGUUGUCGGCAAAGACAACACCCGGACAAACCCAACUCUUCCUAUCCGUGGAAAACUGGUUUCUUCAUCUCCAUCAAUGGAGCUGAAGAAGCCGGUGAGAUCCAGAUCUGUUGCUGGCGGAGAAAGUGCUGAACUGGCUCCAUUGUCAGCACUGAAAUCCAGCAGUGAAUCCACAAGUGUUAAAUCCGCAACACAGAGAGGUUCGACGGCAAGUAAACAAUCAGUCACUUGCGCUGAUUGCGGAAGGACGUUCACGCAGGCAAAGUAUCUCACUCUGCAUCGGAGGAGCCACCGGUGAGAAGACACCGCUUCCGUCGGAUGGGAUGCGUUUGAAAGCAACCUGCCCCCUCCCCGGAGCCAAACAUGUCCUUAAGUAGAGGAGAAGGGCCGGUCCAUCCCGGGUGCCCCAAACACAUCGCUUCCUAUCCAUGGAACGGAGUUGAAGAAGGCGGUCAAACGCAGGUCCGUUGUCAGCAGAGACAGCACCAGGACAAACCCAACUCUUCCCAUCUGUGGAAAACUGGCUUCUUCAACUCCAAUGGAGUUAAAGAAGCUGGUAAGAUGCAGAUCGGUUGCUGGUGGAGAAAGUGCUGAAUGGGCAGAAUUGGCUCCAUUGUCAGCACUGAAAUCCACUACCGAAUUCUCCAGUGUUAAAUCCGCAACACAGAGGGGUCCGACGGCAGGUAAACAAUCCGUCACUUGCGCUGAUUGCGGAAGGACGUUCACGCAGGCAAAGUAUCUCACUCUGCAUCGGAGGAGCCACCGGUGAGAAGACCACGCUUCUGUCGGAUGGGAUGCAUUUAAAAGCAACACCCUGCUUAAGUAGAGGAUGCUACCUCUCAUGUUAUGCAUCUGCCCUCUUUCGAGGCAUCUACACUGCAGUUUGGCACCACGUGAGCCACCAAAGCCUUGGCUCUGAAGAGGACUGAGAUGGUGCAGGAGAAUCCCUACCUGUGCCACAGGUACGAGAAGCGCUUCCAGGACAAGAGCAUCAUGGAAAUGCACCAGGAGAUGGGUUGGUCAAUUCUGAGUGCAGCAAACCUAUUGCUUCUUAUCCAUGGAGAACUACCUCCAUCAACGGAGUCGAAGCCGGUGAAGUCCAGGUCCAUUGCAGGUGGAGGAAGCGCCAAGAGGAACCCAACUCUUCCUAUCUAUCCAUGAGAAAUUUCUUCUACCAAUGGAGUCGAAGAACCUGGUGAAAUGCAGGUCUGUUGCAGGUGGAGAAAGCGCUGAGCGGGACUCAGUCCUGGUCAUUGGCUCCAUUGUCAGUGCCAAAAUCCACUGGCAAAUCCUCUCAUGUUAAACCCACAACACAGUGGGGUCCAACAACAGGUAAACAAUCAGUCGUUUGUGUUGAUUGCGAAAGGACAAAGUAUCUCAGUCUGCAUCAGAGGAGCCACAGGGAAGAAGACCCCGCUUCCGUUGGAUGGGAUGUAUUUACAGAAUAUUUUUUUGGUUCGUAGCCAAACACAUUCCCAAGUAGAGGAUGCUACCUGUCAUGUUACACAACUGCCUUCUUCAGAGGCAUCUACACUGUAGAAUGAACGCAGUUUGGCACCACAUCCCAGUUCCAAAAAGGGGCAAAGUGGUGCAGGAAAAGCCGCAGGUGCGAGAAGCGAUUCUGGGAUAAGAGCAUCUUGCGGACUCACCUGAAGAAGGACGUUGCGAAGUGUAGAUCCGUUGGUAGCAAAGCAAGCGCCGAGGCAGACCUAUAUCUUCCUAUUCUGGCAAAAUUGGCCCCGUUGCCGAAAUUGAAACCUACCGGCAAAUCCUCCAAUGCGGACUGUGUGACAAGUGUUUAGUUACUUGCAUUGAAUGCGGAAGGAGGUUGUCGGGUUCUCUUCUCCCAGUUGUGCUGUGGGUCAGUCUUCCACCAGAAAAAGCACCAAGACACACGCUGGUAGAUUCCAACAGGUUUUAUUGUACAGAACACCAGAACCUUCUCUUUGGCCCAUUUAUAUAGGGGCUCUCACAUACCAGAGGGUAAUUGAGGUUUUAUGGCUGGCAUCUGUUCUUUGUCAGCCAACCGGAGAUGUCAAAGAUUGGAGAUCAUGACAGAGGUUCAGUCAGGUGAAAUAUCUCGCCUUGCUUUGGCCCUUCCUCCAGGUGUUUUGGACUCCAACUCCCACAAUUCCUAACAGCCGGUAGGCUGUUAGGAAUUGUGGGAGUUGGAGUCCAAAACACCUGGAGGGCCCAAGUUUACCUAUACCUGUUCUACCGUAAUGCAUAUCAGCAAUACUAUAAGUCGCUUUGUCCCCGAAUGACCCAGUGGGUGAUGAAUGAAUUCCCUUUGGAAGCAAAUCGUUUGUUUCCCAUUUGUUUGUUUGUUUGUUUCCCAGCUGUUAGGAAUUGUGGGAGCUGAAGUCCAAAACGCCUGGAGGACCCAAGUUUGCCCAUGGCUUGUGUAGACACACCCUCAGUAAAUGGUAGCAUUACUGGGUUGCUGUGAAUUUUCUGGGCUGUCUGGCCAUGUUCCAGAAGCAUUCUCUCCUGACAUUUCGCUUGCAUUUACAGCAGGCAUGCUCAGAGGUUGUGAGGUCUGUCGGAAACAAGGCAAGUGGGGUUUAUUUUUCUGUGGAAUGAUGUCCAGCGUGGGAGAAAAGAACUCUUGUCUGCUGCAGAAAAGUGUGAUUGUUGCAAUUAAUCACCUUGAUUAGCAUUCAAAAGCCUUGCAGCUUCAAGGCCUGGCUGCUUCCUGCCUGAGGGACUCCUUUGUUGGAAGGUGUUAGCAGGCCCUGAUUGUUCCAUGUCUGGAAUUCCCCUGUUUUUGAAGUUUUUUAAAGAAAUACUGGUAGCCUGAUUUUGUUCAUUUUCAUGUUUUAACAAUUUCAAUAGAAACCAUGAAAAUGAACAAAAUCUGGCAGCCAGCAUUUUUUUUUAAAAAAAAAACCCUCUAAAAUCAGGACAGUAAGUCAAGAGCAACACUCAGAAAAUAGGGGAAUUCCAGACGGGAAACAAUCAGUGCCUGCUAACACCUUCCAACAAAAGAUUCCUCCAGGCAGGAAGCAGCCAUGCCUUCAAGCUACAAGGUUAUUCAGUGCUAAUCAAGCUGGCCAAUGGCAAUAUUAACCCUCGCCUCAAACAGACAAGAGUUUUUUCUCCCACCCUGGAGAUUCCACAGAAAUAUAAACCCAUCCUCUGAGGAUGCCUGCCAUAGAUGUGGGCAAAACGUCAGGAGAGAAUGCUUCUGGAACAUGGCCAAACAGCCCAGAAAAUUCACAGCAACCCAACUCUUAGGGCUGAUAGCAGAGGAAUGAAGUCCCAUUUCCAAAAGAAGUGCAAUAAUAGCUGCAGCUAUUUAUCCCAUGCAUCACGGGAUGCUGAAAUAUCUAACACAACACCCUGUGUCAAGUUAGUAUUGUUCUGGGCUUUAACAUAACAUAUUAAACCACCAGCUGCGGUAAAUCUUGUCAAUCAAAAGGUUGACAGUUCGAAGCCCGGGUCAGGGUGAGUUUCUGGCCGUUAACCCAGCUUCCGCCUACCUAGCGGUUCGAAAGCAAAAUGUGAGUAGAUAAAUAGGUACUGCUUAAAAGCAGGGGGGUAUUCUAAAGCACCCAUAAGGAAAUGCCAGAAAAAUUUCAGUGAUUCGAUCCAAGGAAGAGGUUUACAAAAAAGCUCUUCGGCAGAGAGAUGAAGCGACAAUACACAUGCACACUCCGUGGAUGAAACCGAGCACAUGUAAUGUACACCUCUGUAAUGAAGUAUGAAUUUUGAUUUACAGAUGUUAUAUUAAAUUAUAGGUAUAUGUUUGGAAUGGGUAAGUAUUAGAGUUACCAGUGCGUGGGGGAUGGUGGCCAGCUCAGCAUUCUGAAGCAGGUUGCCAUAGAAAUUUAACUAUUUCGAAGCUGGCAAGAAAGGGGCAGAGCUAGCUGGAUGAAAAAGGAGGGAAUGUUUUGAAGAGAGUUCAGUCUGUAAUCGGAGGAACUACAGGGAAAGACUAGUUCUGAGGAGGUUAGAACCAGGGAAAUUCAAAUCUCAGUCUGUGCUCUGAUGAGGCACAGGGAAGAUUGAUUCUAGGUUGAGCGGAUCAAGGAGACUCAAUUGUUCAUUUUGAGUCGGUUUUAAAUAAGUUUGGUGACUUAUUUAAUGUAGUCUGUGUCCUGGAAAGGCACAGAGAAUCUGUGAUAGUAUAUCACAGGGGUGACUGUGGUUUGAAGUCACUGGAUAGUCCAGGUUUCAGACUUUGGGAACCAAUCCCAGCUGGACUCACAGAGAUCCACUGAAGUAAUAGUUUAAAAGGAGCAGAGAAAGAAGUUUUAACUACUUUAAGUAAAAGAAGUGAUAUUUUAGAGAGUUGAUUCAUCUCAUUCUAGUAUUGUAACUGUUAAUAAGAAUACCUCUAAGUGAGAAACAACAUUGUAACCACCAAUGCCAAUGCAUUGCCUGUUUGCCGCAUACGUAUGUUCUGUGAUCCGUCCUGAGUCCCAUUCAGGGUGAGAAGGGCAGAAUAUAAGUACUGUGAAUAAAUAAAUAAAUAUGAAGAAAGAAGAAAACAGAAAAGAUGGUAAGCACGCAAUAAAAGGCUACAGACAUGG